CACAUUACCCCCCUUCACUCCUCAGACCACAGCUUUACUUUACUGUGCUGUGCUGACUGUGACCCCGCCCUAGACAUUGCCCUCCCACUCACUCAAAACUAGUGAUUGUGAGCUCUUUGCAGACCCAGGUCAUACCCUGCCUUGGCCCAGACUGCACUGCUCCAGUGACGGAGCGAAGAUUGGAAGGUUAACCAGGCCUAAAGAGAAGGUUAAAGUUGAGAACAAGCCAGAUUCUGAUGUAGAUAGUAGUCAGCCUCAGGCAGUCACUAAAGCCGGGCUAGACACAGGAAGUGGUCCACAGUCAACUGCAUCAGCUGAAGAGUCAAAUGGUAACGUUGCUAUGGGCGGUUCAGACACUCCGGGGGAGGAGCAGAGUUCUAGUGGUAAGAAGGUGGUGAGGGUUGUGAGAAGAGUUGUUAGACGCGUGGUUCCUGCUGGGACGGUAGAGCAGAACCCGUCCGCUGUUUCUGAGUCUGCGAGGGCUGCCUCUGCUCCAGACCCGGCGCUCAAAACCACCAGAGCUGCUGGGCAGGACAAGGAUGAUAUCUCCAUGGGCCUCACCAGCCUAAUGGGCAGAGGCAGAACCAAGGAUCACCGGCCUCGCACCCGCACCCAGGACCGCAAAGAGGACAUGAAAGAAGAGGCGAAGCAGGAGGAGGAGAAAGGAGAGGUGAAAGAAGAGGAGGAAAAACCUACUGUGGAAAAAACAGAGGAGGCCACAUCCACAUCUGUGCCCAGUACUACAGCACCGAACCCAGCACCACCAAAGUUUAACCCCCUCACCCCUCCAGCUGGAUUCAUCCCCACUCCCAAACCCAACCCUUUGGCCCCGCCUGCUGGUUUCAUCCCGCUACCCAAACAGAAUCAGUUGACUCCUCCGCCUGGUUUCAUCCCUGCCAGAAAAUCCAGUCCGGUGCCACCAAAACAGAAUCCCCUGGCACGACCUCCAGGAUUCAUCCCUGUCCCAAAGACAGAUCCCCUUGCUCCUCCUGCAGGGUUCAUCCCAAAGCCUCGUCCAAUUGCUGUAAAGAAACCUGAGGUAAAGGAGAUAUCUUGUCCCCGUGUGGCCCCCGAUGGUAAGCCUUCAUCUGUUGCACUGCCCCAGGCUCAGUCUGCGCCGCAUGAACAGGUCCCAGGGCUGAUUCCCUCUGAGGAGGAUUACAAGCGUGUGAGGAGGAUCUUCGCCAUCGAUGGCAAUGAUCGUGCCAGAGGCCACAAAUCCUCUCAGUCCAAGCUCGUUGAGGACCCUGUGGCCAUACUUCAGGCAGCACACUCAGCUGCAGCUAAGGGAAAGACUGAGGAGCAGAUAACGGCAGAGAGAGCCUGGUAUAACACAGAACCAGUAUGGCUUGUCCACAAGGAUGGGUUUUCCAUGGCAACUCUCCUGAAGACGGAGGCAGGCAGUCUGCCAGAGGGGAAGGUAAAAAUCCGCCUGGAGAGUGAUGGAUCUUUAUUGGAUGUGGACGAAGACGAUGUAGAGAAGGCAAACCCUCCGAUGUUUGACCGAGUGGAGGACCUGGCCUCUCUGCAGUAUUUGAAUGAGUCGAGCGUGAUGCACUCCCUGAGGCAGCGGUACGGCGGUAACCUGGUGCACACCCAUGCUGGGCCCAACAUGGUGGUCGUUAACCCCAUUAGUGCCCCCUCGAUGUACUCUGAGAAGGUGAUGCAAAUGUUCAAGGGCUGCAGAAGGGAGGACACUGCCCCUCACAUUUACAGCAUGGCCCAGGCUGCCUAUAGGAACCUCCUGACCACUCGCCAGGAUCAGUCCAUUGUCUUGUUGGGCAAGAGUGGUAGUGGCAAGACCACCAACUGUCAACACAUCCUCCAAUACCUGGUCACUAUUGCUGGCAGCACCAACAAAUCAUUCUCCACAGAGAAAUGGCAGGCGGUCUACACAGUUUUGGAGGCCUUUGGGAAUGCCUCUACUUGUAUGAAUGGGAAUGCUAGUCGCUUCUCACAUAUCGUUUCCUUGGACUUUGACCAGGCAGGCCUGGUGACCUCAGCCUCUAUCCAGACCAUGCUUCUGGAGAAGAUGAGGGUGACAAGAAGACCAGGGGGAGAGUCCACUUUUAAUGUCUUUUACUACCUGAUGGCUGGAAUAGAAAGCUCUCUGAGAACUGAGCUGCACCUUAACCACUUUGCUGAAAACAAUGCAUUUGGAAUAAUGCCUCAGAAUAAGACCGAGGAUAAACAGCGGGCCUCCCAGCAGUUUUCCAAGCUGCAAGCAGCCAUGAAGGUUCUGGGGAUCAGUGGUGAUGAGCAGAGGGCCUUCUGGCUUGUUCUCGGAGCCAUCUACCAUCUUGGGUCUGCAGGAGCUACUAAGGCUGGCAGGAAACAAUUUGCACGUCAUGAGUGGGCUCAGAAGGCAGCCUACCUGCUGGGCUGCACCCUGGAGGAGCUCUCCUCCUCCAUCUUCAAGCACCAGGCCAAGGGCACUCUGCCCAGAGCCAGCUCUAUUCGCCAGGCUUCGGACGAAAAUGGCACAGCAGAUGCAGCAGGAUCCAAGGCUACGGCAAUGGAGUGUUUAGAGGCCAUGGCAUCUGGGCUUUACUCAGAACUCUUCACUAUCCUAAUUUCUUUAAUAAACCGGGCCUUGAAAUCCAGCCAGCACUCCCUGUGCUCUCUGCUCAUUGUGGACACACCAGGCUUUCAAAACCCUAGGCUGGCUAAGCGCGAGUGCAGCGCAACCUUUGAGGACCUAUGCCACAACUACACUCAAGAACGUUUGCAUUCCCUCUUCUAUCAGCGGACCUUCGUUCAGGAGUUGGAGAGAUACAAAGAGGAGAACAUAGAGUUUGCUUUCGAUGAUACAGAGCCCAGCACGUCUCUGUCUGUAGCAGUGGUAGACCAAGCCUCAAGCCAAGCGCUGGUACGGACAGUGCGAACAGAUGAGGCACGGGGCCUGCUGUGGCUGAUGGAGGAGGAGGCGCUGCAGCCUGGGGGGUCAGAGGAAACCCUGUUGGGACGUCUCUUUAGCUACUACGGACCGGCUGAGGGCGAGACUAAAGGUCACACUUUUCUCCUGAAGAGUGAAAAGGAUCGUCAUUUCCUGCUGGGCCACAGCCACGGGACUGACUGGGUGGAGUACGAUGCCUGCGGGUGGCUGAACUACGCCAAACACAAUCCUGCAUCUACCAAUGCUACAAGCCUGCUGCAGGACUCCCAGAAGAAGAUCAUCAGUUCGUUGUUCACGGGCCGAGCACCUGGAGCCACUGUUCUCUCCGGUUCCAUUGCGGGCCUUGAAGGUGUUUCCCAGCUGUCCUUGCGACGGGCCACUAGCAUGAGGAAGACUUUCACCACAGGGGUGGCUGCUGUCAAGAAGAAGUCUUUGUGUAUCCAGAUAAAGCUUCAAGUGGAUGCUCUCCUCGACAUGGUGCGGAGGUCCAGGAUUCACUUUGUUCACUGCUUAUUGCCCAAGGCAGAUGCCCUCAAGGCUCUGAGUGGAUCCCUGUUCAAAGGAGGGGAAUGUGAUGCUCAAGGGGAGAUUGGAGAUCCCGGCUUAAUGCAGCUAGAUGUUGCCUUGCUCCGUGCUCAGCUGCGCGGCUCAAAGCUGCUGGAUGCUCUACGGAUCUACAGGCAAGGUUACCCCGAUCACAUGGUGUUCUCUGAGUUUCGAAGGCGCUUUGAUGUGCUGGCACCGCACCUCACCAAAAAGCAUGGGAGGAAUUACAUUGUGAAGGACGAGAAGAGAGCUGUGGAGGAGCUACUGGAGUCCUUGGAUUUGGAAAAGAGCAGCUACCACAUGGGUCUCAGUAGGUUGUUCUUCAGAGCUGGCACAUUGGCGAAGCUAGAGGAACAGAGGGAUGAGCAGACCAAGCGUAAUCUCACCCUGUUCCAAGCUGCCUGCAGAGGCUACCUGGCACGGCAAGCCUUCAAGAAGAGGAAGAUUCAGGAUCUAGCAAUCCGUUGCGUCCAGAAAAACAUCAAGAAGAACCGUGGCGUGAAGGACUGGCCAUGGUGGAAGCUCUUCACCACAGUCCAGCCCCUCAUUAAGGUCCAGCUCACUGAGGAGCAGAUGCGAGGCAAAGACGAGGAGAUACAGCAGCAAAAAUCAAAGCUGGAGAGGGUGGAGAAAGAGCGGAAUGAGCUGCGACUGAACACGGAUCGAUUGGAGAGCAGGAUCUCAGAUUUGUUGGCAGAACUGGCUGAUGAGAGAAGCACUAGUGAGUCAGCAUCCCAGUUGCUGGAGACUGAGACUUCAGAGAGACUCCGCCUGGAGAAGGACAUGAAGGAUCUACAGGCUAAGUUUGACGCCAUGAAGAAACAGUUAGAAUCACAAGAGAUGGAGGUGAUGGAAGCUCGGCUCAUGAAAACAUCAGAGCUCAACGGGGAGAUGGAUGAUGACGACGAUGCUGGAGGCGAGUGGCGGAUAAAAUACAACCGAGCCAUUCGUGAAAUGGACUUCACCAAAAAGAAACUCCAGCAGGAGUUUGAUGAAAAGCUGGAGACAGAGCAGCAGAGCAAAAGACAUCUUGAGAGAAGGCUGGCUGAUUUGCAGACAGAUAAUGAGGAUGUGCAGCGCGCUGUGCAGCAGCUGAAGAAGAAGUGCCAGAAACUGACGGCAGAGCUGCAGGACACCAAGCUUCACCUGGAGGGCCUGCAGAGCCGCAACCAUGAUCUGGAGAAGAAACAGAGGAAAUUUGACCUGGAGCAGAACCAGACUCAGGCCGAGGUACAAAGAGAAAGGAACCAGAGGGAGAAGCUGGCUCGAGAGAAAGACAUAAUGACUGGUGAGAUGUUUAACCUCCGCCAGCAGCUGCAGGACAAGGACGUUGAAUUGUGCGCCGCAAAUAUGAAGGUGCAGCAGCUGGAGGCCGAGCUACAGGAUCUGUCGUCCCAGGAGUCGAAGGACGAAGCCUCGCUGGCCAAAGUCAAGAAGCAGCUUCGCGAGCUCGAGGCCAAGGUGAAAGACCAGGAGGAGGAGCUCGACGAACAGGCUGGGACCAUCCAGAUGCUGGAGCAGGCUAAGCUGCGGCUUGAGAUGGAGAUGGAGAGGCAGCGACAGACCCACUCUAAAGAUAUUGAGAGUAAGGAUGAAGAGGUAGAGGAGAUCAGGCAUUCCUGCAGUAAGAAGCUGAAACAGAUGGAGGUGCAGCUGGAGGAGGAGUAUGAAGACAAGCAGAAAGUGUUGCGUGAGAGAAGAGAGCUGGAGUCCAAACUGCUGACUGCCCAGGAUCAGGUGAGCCAGAGGGAUGUGGAGACGGAGAAGAGGCUAAAGAAAGACCUGAAGAGAACCAAAGUCCUUCUGGCUGAUGCACAGAUUAUGCUGGACCACCUGAAGAGUAACGCCCCCAGCAAGAGGGAGAUUGCCCAGCUCAAAAAUCAACUGGAGGAGUCAGAGUUCACUUCCGCGACAGCAGUGAAGGCUCGAAAGGGCAUGGAGAUUGAAAUAGAGGACUUGCAUAUCCAAAUGGAGGAUGUGGUCAAAGCUAAGAUUUCGUUGGAAGAGCAGGUCAGCCGUCUGCAGAGGGAGAAGAAUGACCUGCAGUCUCGUAUGGAGGAGGAUCAGGAGGACAUGAAUGAGCUGAUGAAGAAACACAAAGCUGCAGUUGCCCAGUCUGCCAGGGACUUGAGCCACAUCAGUGACCUGCAGGCCCAGCUUGAAGAGGCCACAAAGGAGAAGCAGGAGAUCCAAGAAAAGCUUCAUUCACUGCAGAGCCAGCUAGAGUUCCAAGAACAGUCCAUGGUGGAAAAGUCUCUUGUGUGCCGUCAGGAGGCCAAGAUCCGUGAGCUGGAGACCAAGCUGGAGUAUGAGAGGACACAGAUCAAACGCUUGGAGAACCUGGUGGGUCGUCUAAAGGAGAACCUCGAAAAGUUGACAGAGGAGAGAAACCAACGCAUUGCUGCAGAAAACAGGGAGAAGGACCAGAAUAAGCGAAUGCAGAGGCAGAUAAGAGACAUGAAAGAAGAAAUGGGAGAGCUGUCCAAGAAGGAGGCCGAGGCCAGCCGGAAGAAGCAUGAAUUGGAAAUGGACAUUGCGAGCUUAGAGGCGGCAAAUCAGAGUUUACAAGUUGACAUCAAACUGGCCUUCAAGAGGAUAGGUGACCUGCAGGCUGCCAUAGAGGACGAGAUGGAGAGUGAUGACAAUGAUGACUUAAUCAACAGUUUGCAAGACACGGUGACAAAAUAUCAGAAAAGAAAGAACAAAACUGGGGAUGAGACGGAAACAGAUUCCGAGGUGGAGGACCGGGUGGAUGGAGUUAAGUCUUGGCUCUCGAAGAACAAAGGCUCCACCAAAACCCUGUCUGAUGAGGGAAGUCUGAAGAGCACCAGAUAUUCUGCAAAUGCAGAUAGCAAGGAGGUAAAAGAAGGUAAGGAGAAGAUGAAUGACGGCAGUAAAGACGUGAAAGAGGCAGAGCAGAACAGAUCAGUGUCUGUCAUGAGUUCCUUAAGCUACAGAAAGCGAUCCAACCUGAAAGACUCUAUAGGGGGGACAGGCGAUGAGAGCUCCUUGUUCAGCACUCUCAAAGAACAGCCUGACACACCAGACCAGGCCUCUAUUCGCAAAGCCAAGUCAAAGUCUGGAGGGCUUCAGGAGGAUUGGAAGAGGAGCCAGUCGCAGGACGACUUAGACGAGAAAGGCUCAGUCAUCUCCUUGGCCUAUUCUGAAGCUACCAGCAGAGCCAGGAAGGGCCUGGAGUCCCGCUGGACCUCCCGCAGCAGCCCUGAGUUUGAUAAGGACUCCAUGGUGUCCUCUGUGGCUCCCAGCAGGAUGUCCACCAGGAGGGGCAUGUUGGACAUGGAUGAUGACAAUAAGUCGACCAUCAGCAGCGUGAGCCGCUCCAGCCCCCGCUCACUGCAUCGCAGCAACUCUUGGAAAGAGGACAGACGCAGUGGCUCACGCCUGUCCCUUGCCCGCAGCUGUGGCCUUAGUGAAUUCGGCCUGCAUGGACAUGAUGACGACGACGAUGAUGAUGAUCGUAGUGUGGCUUUUACUGAAGGGGGGACUUCAUCUUUCAGUCCCCUCUCCCGGAGCUUUUCUACCCCAGCCCAGCCACGCUCCUCAGAUGGCACUCUGCCAGACUCAUCUGAUGUUAAAACAGUCACCCACCGCAACUACUUGGACCCUGACUUGGAGGCUGCCAUCAAUGAGGUGUUGAGCUUCAAACCCAUUAAGUUCAAGCGCAGUAAACUUGAUGAGUCUAGUGGUGAGGAAGAGGAUGAGAAGAAGGGGCCAGGAAGCGAGGACAGUAGGAAGAGAGGAGAAGACGAGGGGCUCGGCUGCAGCACAUCCAGCCUGCGUCGCUCUGCAUCCGGCUCUGCUCUGGACUACAGCAAUCGGCCAUCCAGCACCCUGAGCACCAGCAGCUCCCGCAGUCGGAAAGAUAAAAAAAGCAAAGUCUCUCUUUCCGACGACUCCUCCUCAGACGAUCGUCACAGCAGAAAGAGCUCAUGGGGGAAGAAGGGCAAGAAGUCCAAGAAGAGAUCUAAGAAGAAGCAAAGUGAGUCUGAGGAUUCCUCUUCUUCCUCAAAGUCGUCCUCUUCCUCCGACUCGACCAUCUCCUACCGCAGCUCCAGCAGUGUUAAAAGGGCCCCGAAACAACCAUCUGAUGAUGACGAGGAGCCUGCACGGCGUGGGCCAUCUAGCAAGAUGGAAACCAAGAAGAAGCAGAAGAAGAUUGAUAGCUUGGUGAUGAAGUACCGCUACAAGCCUGAUAGUGACUGAUACCGACAGUGGAAGCCCUUCUGUGUGCCGCAGACACCUGAGUCUUGGCAGGUCUGAUGAAGAGGAUGAGGUGGACAGAGACUCCAGCAGGCAGUCGCUGAGACAGAGCGACAGCGAAGGCACAUUGGCAGAGAGCACAUCAUAACCCAAACUCAGGUCACCUCGUGUUUUCAGUGACAUCCAACACACAGGAGGGACACAAUUCUUUUCCCACAACUUUACCACAACUUCUCAGCCAGCAGGAGAGCUGCAUGGACAGAGAAAGAACACUGUUUUCAGAUAGUUUAACUGGGGCUUUUUAUCGUAUUUCACUUAUUAUGGCGCACUAAUUCACAUCAUAAAUUGAUGUUGCUUCUAUGGUAAACGUGCUUUUUUCUGUUUUAUUGAAUACAACAUAUUGAAUAAGUUAGUUAAUACAGAACAGGGAACUUGAGUGCUAUCAAAAGAACUUUUGCUUUAUUUAUAAGAGCUGAUUUUCAGGAAAAUUUAAGCUCUCCUCUGCACUCUCCUCUGACUAUUCAGAUAGCUUUGCCAGGAGGAUUUAGAUAAGCCCGCUCUGGCUACAUUUCUCCAAGAAGUUCUGACCAGCCAUUAAGACCGCUCUUAUCUCUUCCUCAUUAAUGUGGACUAGCGCGUUGGGAGGAAUUAACCCAUUUUUAAUUAAUUAUCUUGCUGUACGUUUACAUGUGGCUCUUGUUCCAAGUUGAGAUAUCCAUAAUUUGAACAAAGUGAUGCUAGGCUAUGAUGGCUGACAUCAAAUUAAAAAUAAUUUUGGAAAAUACAUUUCUAUUUGAACUAAGCUGUUAGAUGUAAUGCAUAUGUUUGCAUAUGGAUUUAAAGCAACGUCUGAUCUAAACGUGUAUAAAUAGUAUACAUACAGUAGAUAUAUAAUAUAUGUGGAAUGAAAGCCUUUACAUUAAGUCUUUUAUUAAGAUAAGGUUAAUGUCGUGUCGCUGAUUUAUUCUUAUCUUUUGGUGGAGUUCAUGACAUAAUACUUUUGGUGUGGCUCUCUUGAGGCUCAGUCUUGCUUUUGUCCACUUGUGUCAUAUGUAUUAAGGAUCAAACAGAUUGCAUUUCUUUGCUAUUAUACAGGAGCUUUCUGUAGAGCCUUUGACACCUUGCAGAUGCAGAAGUGCAGAGAUGUGUGGUGUUUUUUUAGGAUGCACAAACACUGGAUUUCUACUGUAUAUCAUGAAUUAAAGCUCCUUCUCAUGUUGACUCCUGCAGAAUAAUAUUCCAGUAUAAUGAACUCCAUUUUAAUGUUUCAAUUGCAUUUUGAAAUUACUUGUUAAAUGUGUACAGUGCAGAUUGUCUUGAACUGAGGGAUUUUUUUUUCGGCCAUAUUGGUAAGCAGAAAAAUAAUUGCAUCAUUUUCAUCACCACAUGGUCCUCCCAUUUUAAGGUGCCAAAGACUAUGUUCAAUAAACUGGUGAUAUUUUGCAAAUGAUAAAAUUUGGGAUUGGGACUUUUAGAAGUUAUUUGUGACUGCCAAUGAGCAGCACUCAUAUUAUGAUAUUGAGUUAUUCCCAGGCUGUGUUUUCGAAGGGUUUUCCAUGUCAGCUUCUUGUUUAUUUGUACUCCAUCUGACAUGUGUCUGGACAGCAAGGAUGCCUCUGUACUCUGUAUUAGACAGCCAAAAUACUGCCAAAAUGAAAUUAAAGACUUAAAGACUGCUCUUACAUGUCAAUACCUUUAUUUGAUUUGUUGCCGUCCAGACACAUUAAUCUUGCUAGUUAUUUCUAUAUUUGGCCUUACAGAACCAUAACAAUUUCCUAAGACCUUAUGAAUUUUAAACUCUAUUUAAAAUGCAUGGAGGUAGAUUUGAAUAUAAAAGCAUAU